AUGUUAUGCGUCCUCCGUGCGAUCGGGCGACACCCCUGUCUCAACUUGAUCCGGUUGCUGUCAUUUUUGGUGUCUGCAUCUGGCUUGGCCUCGAUCAUCGUCUAUGCUUUCUUGGGAGGUCAGCCCCAGUCGUGGACCUUCCCGGCGGCCCUGUCCCUGGCCCUUAUCAUCCUCGGCGGCGUCGCCUGCCUGGCUAGCCUAAGGCCUGACGAGGAGGAGGAGGCUGUGGAGGUGGAAUUGGAGAAGGGAGAGCGAGGGGAGUGCAUCUGCAUCUGGGCGUCCCUUUCCUAUGCCAACCUGUCGUCUCCUGCCGAAUUCCACCAAGUGUGCGUGAGGCAUGAUGAGACAAUUGAGUGGGAGCGUGGUGACGUCGUGACACGGGUGGAGUCUGCGUCAGAAUCCCAUGUUGUGCAGAGCAAGACGUGCCUCUGCUGUCUGGAGGACUUCCAGCCCUCCAGCCAACUCGCUUUGCUGCCUUGUGGUCAUGUCUUCCACGAGGAGUGCAUCGCGUGUUGGUCCGUCUCCUUGUCCGCAUCCGCCAGAUGCUGUCCCACAUGCCGCAAGAGCUAUGGCCUGGGCGCGAACGUCUAG